AAUUUUCUACAAUAACUUAGUGCAUACAUUAUUUUGGAGAUGUGUGUGUAUACAAUUUUCAAUGUUAAUAAUUUUUAAUUUUAGUUGAAGUCUUCCGUUUUAUAUUUUGUGGACUAUAUUAAGUAAAUAUGGCAAAUGUGCCUACAAUACCACCUUUGCUGAGCACCACCCCUCCGCCAAUUGACUUUGAGGAUGAUUCCGGUUUGCCUCCCACACCUCACAAUCUGGAUGAUGAAUUUGGAGAUUUUGCAAUAGCUGAAGAAGAAGAUCUAAAUGAUGAUACCUUAAACGUCAAUGUAAUGUCGCUGCCAGUAACUCCCCUACAUCAAGAAAAUUUAAAUGUAAUUGAAGCAAAAUAUCCAAAUGUGACAAACUAUGACUACUGCGAUCCAUUCAAAAUUGUUAUGCAUGAGUCUUUCACAAAGGUGGAACUUCCCAUCGACAAUAGUAACGAUAUUGCGAAUAAAACCAAUAGCGAUGAGUGUUUCGAUGAAUACGAAAUUAUGCAAAAUGAAGUCAGUACUCAGAAAAUUACUACUGAUGAAUUACUUGUAACAAAUAAGAAUGCUGCAGUAGAAGUCAAUAAUAUCAUUGAAGACAGUAUUGGUAUAGUCGCUAGAAACGCUGAUGUAAGCUUAGAUCAAGAUAUAACCAAAGAGCCUUGUAGUGUUAUCGAUGAUAACUUAAUAGAAAAAGAAAAAAUUACAAACAUGGAUAAUAGUUCUUUGGUUAUUUGUACAAAAAACAAUGUAAUUUUAGAAGAUAUCUUGGAUGAUAGCAGUGAUGAUGAAAAUAUUAAUCUAAAGAGAAAAAUUUUCAACAUUGAUGAAAACUCAGAAGACUUUUUCAAGAUACAUGCUUUAGAAAACACCAAGAAGACUAGUGCAGAUGAAAACACUUUGCAAAACCAAUAUUUUCAACACAAUGCAAAUAUUCCUCUAAAUGAAAGUGUUUUGCACAAUGAAAAUAUUGUACAAAAUAAAAAUAUAAUGGAAGAAGAAAUAGAUGAUAUAGAAUUUGUAGAAAGUAUUGAAAAUAUUGAUUGUAAUGAUUUUGCAUGUUUUGAUAAAGCGAACUCAAAUGUUCAAGAUGCCACUUAUGAUAAUAUCCCUUUUACACCAAUAUCUAACGAUAUUACAUUUAAAGCAGAUUUUGACCAAUUUUAUAGCCAACCAUCAAUCACGAACUCAAAAAUAAACUCUCCAAAUUCAACAACUCAAAAAACCUUUGCUAAAAAUAAAAGCUCAGUUUUAGAAGAUGGAUUUUCAACUAUAACCGCAGAUGAUUCAGAUAAUGCGGAUGGCAGUGAUGAUGACUUUGGCGAGUUCACUGAUUCAACCUCUAAUCAGGUGCCGAGUAAUAAUCUAGAAACGAAUAUAAAACAAACUGUUGAAAAAAAAUUAAAUCUAAAUUUAGAUAACGUAAACGAGCGUUUAAAUCAUGUAUUAGAAAUAAUGUUUCCAAAAUCAGUGGAAAAAUGUUUAGAUUAUAAUGUUACAAGAAAAGAUUUCAACAUUAACCCGCAAUUGCACUCUAUUGACUCAGCAAAAGCACUGGAAUACCAGUGGGUGAAUUCACAAAUGAGAGAUGCGUUGAUUAAGUCACUUGGUAUUGAUUGCAGAAAUAUUCUUUUUGGUGAAAAGUGGAACUCAUCAAUGCCACGUUUUGCGGCUAAUUUAAGUUAUGAUCCUCUGCAGCCUACUAAAUCGCUAUCAUCAACUUUAACACAUGAACUGCAACACAGCAAGGACAGAUCACAAUCUCAGAGUUCGAAAAGCACUGACAUACCUACGGUCGAAUUUGAUUGGCAUACUUCCGGUUUAGUAAAUCCACUAGAAGGUAAGAAAAUAUUGUUCAAUUAUUAG